AUGACAGAAGGAGAACAUCCAGAAAACUGCGAAACUGCGAAAACGCGGCAGACGAUCGCGAGCAACAGAGACGAAGACAGAACCCAGAUCGUCACAGGAGUGGUGUUUCUGUCCACUGUGGCCUCCGCUGGACUCAUCGCAGGAUUCGGAUCAACUCUGGCUCUGGCCAAAAAGAAGAGUCCGGACUGGUUCAACAAGGGAGUGUCAGCCUCAGUCGUGGUCCCAGAGUCUGGAUCUUCUUUGGCUCUCAGGGCCCUGGGCUGGGGUUCGCUCUGGGCCUGGUGCGGAGUGGGACUCAUCACUGUGACUGUCUGCAAGGUCCUGAACGUCCACUCUUUUUCUGACUUCAGGCAGAAGAUGCAGACCUUCUUCCCCGUGAUCCCAAAGUCCAGCUCUGGUCCAGACUCUGUUGACUGGGACUCUCUGUUCUCCACCCCAACAGAUGCUAAAGCUAGCUAUCGAUCACUGACUGCACUCUACGUCAAACAAUUCUGCCCUCUGAUUGGUCACGCCCCCCACAUUCCGUGCUGUGAUUGGCUAAGAGCUGUUACCGGGCGCUUCGGGGGCACGGCGGCCGAGCCAGGGUGCAUUCAGAGCGGGCAGGAGCAGAGUGAAGAGCCGCUGAGACCUCCGUUCCCCCUUACCCGCACUUCCGCUCCUCCUCAUCCGCACUUAUGCAACAGUUCACCGGCCUCCGAAGCAGCGAACCCAGUCACCCCAGUGCUGCUGUCUGUGCUGCUGUCUGUGCGGCGCACUGGGGUGUGUGGGAGGGGGCGGGGCCUGAAAGGGGAGGGGCGGGGCCUGCAGGAGGACCAGAGCCCGCAGGACCGGCACAACUUGGGUUUGAAACCUCGGAGCUUGUGUGUGGUCUCCUCGUCUCCUCCUCCCUCUGCUGCAAAGAUGAUCCAGGAGCAGCGGGAGCAGGCACACGCGCUCAGCCCGGCUGGUUCCCACACUUUCACCUGGGUUUACCCCGAGCAGCGCGCUCCUCUGGCGGACACAGUUGGACCACAGCGCACAGCUGGUUCUGGUUCUGGAUCUGGCUCUGGACCCGGUCUGGUCAUGGACUGGAGACCGUACCCAGACCUGGAGGCGGCUGAGGUCCUGGUCCUCAUGAGCUCCUGGGGGCAGACACACAAGCCCCGCCCCCUCACGCCCACAUGUGACUCCUGCGACUCGCUACAGAUGGAGACCAGCGAACAGCGCGACCUAGUGGCCCUGUCCUCACUGUGCAUGACUCCGCCCCAUAGCCCGAGUUUUCCCGAGACAUCGCCCACAAGCUCAGCCCCCAAGCCCCCGCUGGCCCCUCCCACUCUGAGCCGCGCCAUGGCGACCAGCGUGAUCCGCCACACCAACUUCCUGCCGAAAAGCACUCCACAGACUCCACCCACAGAAGUUGUGUUCCCGCCAAAUAGGGCUCCAGUCCUGACUAAAGAGGAACAUGUGACGCCGCCACAAAGUGCUCCCGCCGCUCAGAAUCCUCCUACAAACGUCACGAUCGUGCUUCACAAUGUCCCCUCGCCAAAUGGUGCUCCACACGUUCCAGAAGGCAUCUCCAGUCUGCCAAAUAGUGCGCCAAGCUCCCCUCCCUUAUCUGCCUUCCUGCAAAAUAGUGCUCCGAGCCCACCCCCGCCCCCCACUCUUCUCUUCAGUGCUCCAAAAGUUUCUUCCUCUCUGCCAAACUGUGCUCCAUGCAUCCCCACCGUCACGCUCGCAUGCAGUCUGCAAAAUAGUGCUCCAAGCCUUUCAACAGUCACCUCCGCUCUGCCAAAUAGUGCUCUCCAUAACAACAGCAUCAACAUGGACACUUCCUCCUCAGGCGAAUGCCCAAAUUUGGAGGCGGCGACAAGUGUGCAGGGCCCGCCUACCUCGCCGCUGCUGUGUCAGGUGAUCCCAGUGGGCGGCCGUUCAGGUCAGGUGAUACAGGUCGUUCAGGGGUCAAAGCAGAUCCUGGUGAGCUCCGGAGUUCCUCAGGGAGCGGUGAUGCUGGUGGUGCCACAGACGCAGGUGGGCUCGCGGGGCAGUACUGUGGUCACUAAGCUCCUCCCCCUCGCUCCGGCGCCGGUUUAUGUUGCAGCGGGAACGGGCUCUGGGAACGCCGUCACCACGGUUACGCCAGCGGUGGAGUUCUCGCGGCGACGGAACUACGUCUGCUCUUUCCCCGGCUGUAAGAAGACUUACUUUAAAAGCUCUCACCUCAAAGCACAUCUGCGGACGCACACCGGGGAGAAGCCCUUCAGCUGUGCCUGGGACGGUUGUGAGAAGAGGUUUGCGCGCUCUGAUGAGUUGUCGCGUCACCGCAGGACGCACACUGGGGAGAAGAAGUUUGCGUGCGCCGUGUGCGAGCGCCGCUUCAUGCGCAGCGACCACCUCAGCAAACAUGCUCGUCGUCACAUGACCAAACGCUCAAGCUGGGCCAGCCAAUCACAGAGCAGCAACUGA